UUCAGGCUAUGGCUUCACAUCAGAAGCUUGCCCUACAGCAGCAGUCGGAUGUCGAAUAAAAGCUCGAUCUGAUCAUGUGGAAUGGUAUGAGUGGUCAAAGUUGUACGACAGAAAUCAGCUGGUUUGUGUAUAUCCAGGCGAAUAUGAGGGAAUAGCAGGAUGCGUACGAAAACAUUCGGGAAAUGUACGAUGUUGGUGUGGGGGAACGAACGACUGUAACAGCCCAGAAACAAGUCGGCAGCUAUUAGAUGCAUUUCAGAACUCGGACAAAAAGAAAAUGCAAAUCAUCAUGAGACGAUUGGAAACGGGGACGGAUCAGGGCGAGGAGGUGGAAGGUAUUUCGGAUAAAAUACUUAUUUGA